UUUAAGUGCGGGGUGGAGGAAGCAGGAAGCAAUGGAGCUCCUGACUCCAUAUGUAAUCUGCUCUCCUUUAAGGCACCAUUUUUAACAAAUAUGUCGGUCUCAACAGCAUAGGUUAAAUACACUUACUUCAGAAUUUACACAACUCUUCUUUUCCCUUGUUCCUCAAUCUCCCUGACGUGGGAGCUACCAUGGAAAGGCACUUGUCCUCCUGUAAACUUGACGUGGACGAAACAGAGAAGGCUCCGGGCCUCCUCAAUUCACUCAACAGAAACCUGUUUGCGUCAUUCAUGCUCUUGUUCUUUCUCGUCUGUUCCUAGACGAUCACCCACCGCAUACAUGAUGCAUCCAAGAUCAGACGCGUCAAGAAGUAAUUGGACAUACUUGAUUUGGAAGAAUCAUGUGUCAAAUCGAACAGGUCCAGCCGAAAGUUGGAGUCUUUCACGGGAAGCAAAACAUCGCUGAUAUUGGCUGUGGCGUCCACUGUCCACGAAAUCCGAAAGAAAUCAAACAUAUUUUUACGUUAGUCCAUGAAUUAAAAGGUAUUAAAAAGUGAACAGAAUAUAUUAUUUCAAAAUGACAACGAAUGCAGUCAAAUCGAUGUAGGGAGCAAAUUAGAAAGAAUAGCAAUUCUACCCCACAAAUUUUCACUAUUUACCGGGUCGCCCACCAUUAUAUUUCAAGAUUUCCGAUGUCAAUGCACUCUCAACGUUUAGAGAGAAAUGGGCUUCACCGUACCACCUGCGAAGAAAGCAAACACAGCCUUAACUACUCCGAACACUGCCAACAAUGAUGGGUUCUUGAUGGACCUUCCCUCCCAAAUCAUUCUCGAAAUCCUGACAAGGCUUCCCGUCGGGACCAUCAUCAACUGCAAAUCCGUCUGCAAGCAAUGGCACGCUCUCAUCACCCACCCUUACUUUUCUUCCCUGCACUUCUCCAGGGCCCGGCGGGGCCUCGUCGUCCGCCACUCCGAAAUAUUCAAAAAGUUCUUCCAAAUAAUCGACCUCGACGACGGUCACAACGCCGCCGGCGAUCAUCUUCCCCACAGCACUAUGCUGCAAUUCAACGUGGCUAAUAUCAGCGCCUUCUCCGACGCCGACGUCGUCGUCGACGGGUCGGCCGACGGGCUACUGUUCCUCCGGGACAUCAACUACAAGCACGAGACGCUGUACGUAUGCAAUCCGGUCACGCGCCAGUACGCGACGCUCCCGCCGCCGCGCCGCACCGUCAGAUACCCGAGCGUCGUAACCCACGGAUUCGGGGCCACGGCGGCCGGAGAAUACAAAGUCGUCAGGGUGUUCCACGAGCGCAUCCUGGAUCCCGACACCCGGGCCUGCCUGGCCGUGCCCUUCUCCGAAUGCCAGGUGUACACUGUCGGAACAGGGGCCUGGAGGACCGUUGUCGCCGCCACCCCUUUCGCCUACGACAGCUGCUGCGUCGGCCUGUUUCUCCGCGGCAACAUUCACUGGCUUAUCAAGGAUUUAUCAGGGCUCGAGCUCAUCUCAUGUUUCGAUCUGGAAAGAGAGACGUUUACGCCUUUUCCGCCUCCAUUUCCGGCGAGGCGGAUCCUCGGCAGCUUGGGGGUUCUCCGAGGUUGUCUGUGCCUGUGCGACAAUAGUUCCCAUUCGGACAUCGAGAUUUGGGUAAUGAAGGAGUACGGAGUGGAGAAAUCAUGGAGCAAGGAGAUUGUGAUCAAGAAAAUCGACAAGCUCACCGGGCCGUCUUUCCAUGUAGUUCGUGUUCUUCGCGCAUUCGGCGACGGGCAGCUGCUGCUGAUGUGGGGGGACUUCUUCAUGUUCUAUUACUGCACCAAGACUAAGGUUGUAAGAGGAGUUGAUGUUCAUCAACCCGUUGGUCCUAACAGCAUCGAAGCCAUGGAUUAUGCUCCUACUUUUCUCAGCCUUCAGAAGUUCGUUAAAGAGAAUGUAAAUGUGUUCUAA